GUCUUGGGGUGAUGUAACACGCGAGUGGAGGGAGCCGUGCCCUUUCAUCGCGGUUGAGUAUAUAAGGUCGCCACGGCUCGGCCCAGGCACCAGUCACUGCCUCGCCAGACCCCGCGCAACGCACAGCCUUUCCCUCCCGCGUCUCGCUCACCCCCAAAGACCGCAAGGAUGCCAUCCGCCGGAAUCACCACCCUGCCCUUCAGCCCCGACUUCAUGACCCAGGUGGACCAGACGCUCCGCACCCUCGGCUUUGACCUCAAGGGCCUCGUCAAAGCUUUCGACCUGAAGACGUUUGGCCUUGUGACGCUGGUGGUGGUGGCCGCCAUCAUCCUCUUCGACAUCAUCCAUUACGGCUACGCCAGCUACGCCGGUGAAACCUCCAGCUACACCUCCUACGGCAGGAGUCUGGCCACCAGCGCCGCCAAAAUCUGGGACCAGCGGGAGCAGCAUGGCUUCGCUACAGAGCUCCGCAACGGCCGCGGCCUGGACUCCAUGACUCAGAUCCUGGACUCCAUCGCCGACGCCAUCAUCAUGUAUGACAAGGCGGAGAACAACGAGGUGGGGCAGACCCGCAAAAGUGAGCCCCACGACCCCACGAGUGAAAAAAAGAUGCCCAGCUCCGCCCUCAUCCCCAUCAUGAACACCCUUCAGGAGAGCCUCAGAUCCACCGACCUCAGGAGCUGGAUCUCGGGGCUCGACCUCAAGACUGGCGGCCUGAUUGUUCUCGUGGUGGUCGCGGCCAUCCUCCUCCUCGACCUCUUCACCAAAUCCUACGCCCCCUACGGCAGGAGUGUGGUGGCCUCCGCUGCCCAGGCCUGGCUCGACAGGGACCCCGCCUACCCCGUGGACUCCCUGCGAGGAAGCCGAUCCCUUGAGCCCAUGACGGAAAUCCUGGACGCCCUGGCCCUGGCCGCCACCAAAUGGGGUGACGCCGAGGAGGACCCCGCCGUCACGAACCGCGCCCUCUAAACACCCUGGAGGCGGGCGGGGCGGGGCGGGGUGCAGGUGCCGGCACUCCCGCACGGCCCGCGCACUUAUGAGCUGCUGCUGGCGGCGGUGACGGAAAGCGGAGCGAACUGCAGGUGUAAACCGUACAGGAGGAGAAAAAGAGUUAUGGAUGGUUUCAUUAUGCUUGGAAGGGAUCUCAUCUGUCUGUUAACACGAGUUAUUUAUCUCAUCAGAGAAGGAUUGAAGCUUGUACUACACGGCAUUGAAUUUAUUUAUUAAAGUUAUGUAUUUUGUUGUUGACUAAUAAAACUUUUUUUUGCCAAUAA